CGACUCUCGAACGCGUUAUUUUUUCCUCCUCGUCGUUGUCGUCGCGUUUAACUGAAAUAAUAACAACAACAACAACAACGAGAGCAGCAGCAGCAGCAGCAACAAUAUUGGCAACAACAACCACAGCAGCAGCAGCAGCAGCAACAUCUAACCCAAAGGAGCCUUGUAUCGCCACCUCGACCAGCAAAAAGCCGCCAAAAUGCUUCCGUUCCGGCGUGGAGCGGCCUGGCAAACGCUCUUCCUGCUCUGCGCUCUCGCCUAUUGCAUAAACGAGGCCAGCAGCGAGGGUCGCGUGGUCUGCUACUACACAAACUGGAGCGUCUAUCGCCCCGGCACGGCCAAGUUCAAUCCGCAGAACAUCAAUCCCUACCUGUGUACACAUCUGGUGUACGCUUUCGGUGGAUUCACAAAGGACAACCAGAUGAAACCCUUUGACAAGUAUCAGGACAUUGAGCAGGGUGGCUAUGCCAAGUUCACCGGACUCAAAACGUACAACAAGCAGCUGAAGACCAUGAUUGCCAUUGGCGGCUGGAACGAGGCCAGCUCCAGGUUCUCCCCAUUGGUGGCCAGUGGCGACCGUCGACAGCAGUUCAUCAAGAAUAUCCUGAAGUUCCUGCGGCAGAACCAUUUCGAUGGCAUCGACCUCGACUGGGAGUAUCCGGCGCACAGAGAGGGCGGUAAAUCCCGGGAUCGGGACAACUACGCCCAGUUCGUGCAGGAGCUGAGGGCCGAGUUCGAAAGGGAGGCAGAGAAGACCGGACGGACGCGCCUGCUCCUGACCAUGGCCGUGCCAGCGGGUAUCGAAUACAUUGACAAGGGCUACGAUGUGCCCAAGCUGAACAAGUAUCUGGAUUGGUUCAAUGUCCUCACCUACGACUUCCAUUCUUCCCACGAGCCCUCUGUCAAUCACCAUGCUCCUUUGUACUCCCUGGAGGAGGACUCCGAGUACAACUACGAUGCCGAGUUGAAUAUUGACUACUCCAUCAAAUACUACCUUAAGGCUGGCGCAGAUCGCGACAAGCUUGUCCUGGGCAUUCCCACCUACGGACGAUCCUACACUCUGAUCAACGAGGAGAGCACGGAACUGGGAGCCCCUUCGGAGGGUCCCGGAGAGCAGGGCGAUGCCACCCGCGAAAAGGGAUACCUGGCCUACUAUGAGAUCUGUCAGACCCUCAAGGAUGACCCCGAGUGGACCGUGGUGCAGCCUAACGCUAAUGUGAUGGGUCCCUACGCCUACAGGCGUAACCAGUGGGUGGGCUACGACGACGAGGCUAUCGUGCGCAAGAAGGCGGAGUAUGUGGUGGCCCAGGGACUGGGUGGCAUCAUGUUCUGGGCCAUUGACAACGACGACUUCCGCGGCACCUGCAAUGGCAAGCCCUAUCCCCUGAUCGAAGCCGCCAAGGAGGCCAUGGUGGAUGCAUUGGGACUGGGCAUCAACGAGGUGGCCAAGCCAAGUGGCCCGCAGAAACCCUCGAGAUCUCGCAGUCGCGACAAUGCCAGCACUCGGAACCGCCUCAAUGGCAAGAGCGAGGCACCAGCCACCUCGAGGAGACCCAGCGGAUCCCGACGACCAGUGGUGAGCUCCAGCACCAGCACGCAGGCCCCACCACCGAGCACCACCUUCAAGCUGACCGAGGCCGAGGGAUCUUCCCUGUAUAUCGGUGGCAGGGCAUCCACCACGCCACCGCCCCCGACCACUCCCGACCCGGGCUCGGACUUCAAGUGCGAGGAGGAGGGCUUCUUCCAGCACCCUAGAGACUGCAAGAAGUACUACUGGUGUCUGGACAGCGGACCGUCGGGACUUGGAAUCGUGGCCCACAUGUUCACCUGUCCCUCGGGUCUGUACUUUAACCCCGCCGCCGAUUCCUGUGACUUUGCCCGGAAUGUGCCCUGCAAGACUAAAAAAUCCACUACUGCGGCUCCAGUGACCUCUACCUCAACAACCACGACAGCGCGACCCAAUCGAGUGACAGCGGCGCCUACCGCCCGUCCAGUUUAUCCACGACCCACCACCAGCACAACGACGACCACCACCACCACGACAACGCCAGCGGCGGUCGAGGAGGAUCUGGAGUACGAGGAGGACACCGAUGAGUUGUCGCCCAGCAAGUCGACCGAUGCCGAGGAAGAUCCACAGGUCAUCAAGGAGCUGAUCGAUCUGAUUCGCAAGGUGGGCGGUGUAGAGCAGCUGGAGAAGCAUCUGCUGCGCAACAAAGAUGGUUCCAUCACUCUGAAGGAGAACUCAGCCAGUGGCGCCGCCACAACACCCUCAACCAUCAGCAAGUCUCUGUAUGAUCGCGUCCUGAGUCGCCCCGGAACUUUGAGUUCCUUCACCCGCAACCGCUUCAAGAUCAGCGAGGCCACCGAGACCAGCACAGAGGCCAGUUCGUCGAGCAGCACCUCAAGCGGCACAGCUAAUAACUACUCCAAGUACUCCUCUGUGCUGAGGGGAAACAGUCGUCAGGGUCCGCAGAACGAGGGCAUUGAGAAGCUGGCCGAGUUCGAUGGCUUCCUGAAGGAGCGCAAGCAGUAUGUGACCAUUAAUCGCCACCGAUCUGCAGGUCAGGGCGAAGAUGAAGAGGAGGCCCAGGAACAGCAGGAGGAGGAGCAGCAACUGGCCGAUGUGGCGACCACAACGCGUCGCCCCUUGAGCUCAGUCACACCCUCUUACACGAGUCUCAGGCGCACUCGCCCAACAACUGUGGCACCGGCUGCCGAUCAUUCCCAGGAGGAUGUGGAGGAGCAAACCCAGACGCCGGUGAAGGCCUAUGCCACCUUGAGCCGCACCCGAGGACGUACCACGGCGGCACCAUCAGAGGUCACAGAGGCAUCGCCCAGUUCGACAACCAAUCGGUACAAGUACUUUGAGCGCACGCGACCCACAAAGGGUGCAAAUGCUGAGGACGUGGAGGAUCCUCUCGAGGACGAGGAGGAGGAGUACGAGGAUGAGGCGCUCAAGGAGCAUGUUACGGUACAGAGCAAACAAACAACAAAUACACGUAAAUAUGCGAGCAUUGGUCGCAGAACCACAACCACAACAACAGCAACACCAGAAACAACAACAACAACAACUGCCGGCACUGAGACUGCCAAGGCCAGCACCACCAACUCCACCACCACCAACAACAACAACAAGAACCACUACAACAGCAGCAAUAACUACAACAAUGUGAAACUGAAUAACCUAAUACCAACAGAAGAGAGCACCACCACUGCAACACCCAGCACCAUCCAACUCGAAACCACAUCCACUACAACCACAACUAACGAACCCACUGAACCAAAUGAAAGCACCACCUCAACCACCACCUCAACCAUUAACAACCUGCAUACCACCACACCCACCACACCACUUGUAGGCUCCACUGUCCCACCAACCUCUGGCCUCGGCUCCGACUCCCUGCUAGCCAGCGAGCCGAGCGAGCCCACCAAUCCCACCCAGCUUCCCCCCAAUCCUGACCUAGCCACAACAACCACCUCAACGGAACCCGAACUGGCCAGCACAACGACAACGACGACGACUCCGAAGACUACAACCACAACGACAGCCAGCACGGGCAACAGCGAACUGAAUGACGUAGACAACGUGGACAGCGAGGACAGUGAGGUAACGAAAACCAAGACACAGUACGGCAACAAGUAUGCCACCACGAACCGUCGACGCAUUACCACAACAACAGCAACAACAACGAAUAGCAACAGCAACAACAAUGCAGAAGCUGCGAACGAUGCUAGUCCAACAAGAAACGGUUUGAGUAGUUUAAAUAGCUUUAGAACCAACCCGGGAAGAAGGCAACCCACCCAAGAACCCAACCACGAACAGACCACCGUCGAACCGAGCCCCAGUGUCUCUAGUCCCAGACCCUUUGGUUAUCCCCGACGUCGCACACGACCCACAGCUAGCACCAGCACCAGUAGCACAGCACCCCAAACCGACAGUGAUAACAAUACCGAUAACGAUAACGUAAACGAUAACUUAAACGAAACCGAUGCCGUUGCGAAGGUAGUGAAGAAGACACGACCAUCCCCAGGGGAUAGGCCCAAGGUGAGUGCCAGUCUUCCAACAGCAACAACCACUGCAAGCAACACCAGAACAACAACCUCACUGCACCACCAAGAACCCCAAGUAGAAGUAGCUGGUAACGGUGGCAAUAGCUUAAGGCAUGAAGUAGUUAGCUCUAGUUUAAGUCAAUCCCAAGCCCAGAACCCGAACCCGAACCCCAACCCGAACCACAUCGAUAACGAUGGCACUAUCAACCAGACAAAGACCAAGUACACUUGGCGCGGUGUGCGACCCACCCGCGCUCCAGUGGCUCCCAAUUCUUUAGCCGGUGACGACAAGGACUCUCGGCGCUUUGCCGGCAAGCAGUUAAGCUCUGACCCGGAGGAGGAUCUUCAGACCACCACCAAAUUCCGCAGUCGUCGCCUGAACUCGGCCGAAGAAGAGUCCGAGGUGGCUCUUGAGAGAGGAACCGCCACAGCAACGCAAUCCCAGGGUUCCCGCAGCUACCAGAGCAUCCAGCGCACUGCUAGUAGGAACACAGAAGAUGGUUCUCAAAUCCGCUACAAGGCCAUUACCCGCGACUCUGAGGGAGCGGCUCAUCUUACCACAGGACGUAGCUCCAGUUUUGUAAGAAACCUUGGCGAAGCACCCAAGCUCCGUAGCCACCAGCCCGUGGGCAGGGGUGGUCAGAUUUUGGAGACAACCACCGAAGACGAGAAUGUGGCCGCUGAGAUAAUCGAUGAUGAGAAUAGAGGAGAGACCAAGGCACCUGCUGGAAGUGAGAAUACAGAUGAUAGCAACACGGCCACGGAGCAGGAGUCUCCUGAAAUUGUAACAGAAGCAGUGGCCCUGGAAAUUGCAGAGAUCACUACACUGCCUUCAGUGGAAGAUGCUGAGGCCAACGUACAGGACGCGAGCAGCCCCUCUGAAGCACCUGUCCGCAGCAGCACUGAAUCACUUGUCAGCAGCACCACUGAAGAGACCACAGAAUCUAGCAGCAGCUCUGCUGCCCUACGCGUCGAAGCUUUGAUAGAUGAAACUACACUGCCAGCAGCAGCGGAAGGAGAAACCGCUACCGAUAUCAAUAGCAGCAGCUCAACUGAACCUCCAGCAAGCAGCACUGAGUUGCCAGAAAGCAGCAGUAUUGCGGAAAUUCUUCCAGAAGAAAGCACAACAAGCUCAGCGAAGCCAACUCGUCGUUCCCGCUUUGGUUCCACGACAACAGCCGCUUCCUCGGAAUCUGUGGUCGAAGAAGAAUCAACGACCACUUCAUCCCCAAGACGACGUGUUAUCGUGCGCACGAGAACCAGCACCGUUGAACCAGAGAGUGAAGUGGAGUCAACGAGCACAGAAGCAACAAGCCGUCGUUCUUUCUUGAGAACUAGCUCCACUGAGGCACCCAGCAGCAGCAGCACAGAAGAAGCUGAAAUUGAAGCUCAGACAACGACCACUGAAGUCCCAAAACGUAGGUCUUUCUUUAGAACUAGCUCCACUGAGGCACCGAGCAGCAUCUCUACUGAAGCUGAAAUUGAGGCUGAGACUACAACUACCGAGGGCCCAACCCGUCGAUCUUUCUUCAGAACUAGCUCCACUGAGGCUUCUAGCAGCAGCACUGAAGAGAGCAGUAGCAGCUCGGUCAGCGAUGAAGUCGAAGCAGACACUACUAGCACCGAAGCCACAACCACUCGUCGUUCCCUGUUCCGCAACAAGACACCCAGCACCACUGAAGCUACAACAACAAGCUCAAGCACCGAAGAGCCCGAAGAGAGCAGCACCACUAGGCGCUCCUUCUUCCGAACCAGCAGCUCUACAGAGGCCACCACUGAGGGUGACAAGGAAAAUAUUAGCGAUGCGGAGACCACCACUGCUCUUCCCAGACGUCGAGUCAUAGUCAGAGGUAGCUUUAGGCCCCAGAAAGAGGGAGAUCUCUCAUCUCUCCUGGCGGCAGAUGCCAAUAAGAGGGGCAGGAAGAACCAGAGCACGACGACCACAGAAACUUCUGCAGGCAAUUCAGAUUCAUCCCAGGAAGAAGAAGCGCCGCUAGAGGAACCACAAACGGCAGAGAAAGUAAGCGCUGGUCGCAUUUCACUGAAUGCCGUUCGUAACCGGACCACCACCAAGACCGAGAGCCUGGGCAACGGAGUCACUCGCACUCGCACCACCUAUGUGCGCACCCUUGAUGCUGGCCAAAAGGUGGUGAAGCGCAUCCACACCAAGACCAUUGAGGAGAAGCCAGCCGAGUACGAGUACAUUGUUGAUGAGGUGACACACCCGCCAGCACCGAGUACCACGCCACGCAUGGUGACUCGCAAUCGCGGCUCCGUGCGUUUCCAGGGCAACGAUCUCUCGUCACUGCUGGCCCAGGACUUUUCUGCCCGUAGCCACCGCAAGAAGACUCAGACCUCAGAGGCAACGGUGACCAAGACACGCAGGCGGCUGCUGAAGAAGCCCAAGGAAACUAUUGAGCACGAAGAGGUAGAGGAGUUUGAGUACGAGGCUGGCAACGAAGUGGAGCUAGAACCACAAGUGAGCUCCACAGCCAGGCCCAUAAUCCGGAGAACCAGGCCGACCAUAGCACGUACAACAACAAGCACCACAGAAGAACCAAAUGAAAUCGAGGCCAGUACUCGCAGAGCCGGCUUCGCCUUCAAGAGGCCAACCAAGGCAACGACAAGCACCGAAGAACCUGCAACUACCUCCACUGAAGCCACCGCAUCCACCAGGAGAGUGCUCGCCCACAGGAGGCCAGUGAGCACAACAACGACCACAACAACUACUACCCAAGCCCCCAUUGAAGAAGACUCCACCGAAGAUCAGUUGGCGGCGGCGAAGCAAAGGUUUGUAAAUCGCUUGAAGACCAGCACCACCAAGGCCACAACUACAACCACAGAGGCAACCACAACUACUGCCACCGAAGAAGACUUAAGCGACCUCAAGCAACAGCUAAGCAGUGCCAUUAAUCGCCUGCAAUCAGGAAACAAACUAGAAGGCCAGGAACCAGCCAAGGAACGAGAUGCUUCAGAAGAUACAGGCGAUGAGAGACUUUCGUUACCCAUUUACCACCGAAGAAAGUAUUAUCAGUACGUCAAGGAUUCUCCUAUAACAUACAUAGACAAAUCUCCAGCACCACCGGAUAUCGAAACUGCGACCGUGAACAUAAAACAACAAAUCCAUGAUGUUUUUAAUGUGAGUGAGAAUGAAACGCCGAUUAACUCUGUGGAGGAUGAGGGAGAGAGCGCUGGCCAUCGCCUGGCGAUGGAGCAGGCCAAGGAAAUCAAUGCCGAGCUCGGUCAUUUUUUAUUGAAAACCCCCGGGUCAAAGUAGGGCCAAGAAGACAAAAUAAAAUCGCAGCGACAGGGAAAAACAUUUAAAACAAUACCGCUGACAGUGGAUUCCAGCAAUGAAACAUCAAAGAUUGUGGACAUUUCUGUUCUGGAGGAAAAAGAACGAAGCGAGGAUGAAGCCAGAGCCUUGCGUCUUUAUACGAGACUAAAUCGUACUCGCUUGACACUCUCGACCAGGCUGCAGGAUAAAACUAGUGAGGAUUCACUAGACACCACCACGAGGAGAAGCUACAGCAUUCCUCAGCGAUUCCGCAGUCGCUCUACCACACCGGCAACUCCCUCUAGCACAGAAGCUAGUGAAGAAACGGAGGAAGAAAUCAAGGUUGAAUCCACAACAAAACGUUUCUAUGCGGGUCUUAAUAGGCUGAGGGGCAGAGGAAGCACUACCACUACUACCACUACCGAGGCAGGAGAUGAGUCAACAACUGAAGCCACAAAAUCCACUUCGAGAGGCAGUAGGCAACCCUAUGUGGGCAUCAGUCGCAGAGUAACAACCACGACCACAACCACCGAGAAGCCAAAAGAGAACGAAACUGAAGACUCAGAGAAGAAAGAGGAGGAAUCAACCACCAUAAGCUCGGAGGUCAAGGUUGAAGAAAAGCUAACAUCCGAUAAGGUUGAAGAAAAGCCAGCUGAAAAGAAUGAAGCAACCGAUAAAACUGAAAAUAAAGAACCCGAAGAGCCUCAGGACAGCACCGAAGAACCCGAACUUGAGGCCAUUAUAGACGAUGACAACGAGAUUCCGGAAGAAGAGAUCAUACCCCUUAUUGAAACCUCGACCACAGGCACUCCAUCAAGCACCACGACCACAAGCGCGCCAUCCAGCACCACGCCGACGCGUCGUCAACUGGUAAUUCGUCGCCGUUUCAAUGGAACUACCACGGCUGCCCCGGUGACGGAUGAGAAGCUGGAAGAGAAUCUGGAGAAUGAGAUCGUAGAUCUCGCUGAUAAGGAGAGUUCAACCGAAAAAGCAGCAACACCAACAACCACUUCCAGGCGGCAGCUUUUGAUACGCCGACGCUUUAAUGCGACCGCAACACCAACAACAACCACGUCAACGACCGAAAAUCCAAGUGCGGACAAUGAAAUAGAUCAAGAUGAGGCAACAUCAAGCACCACCAGGCGCUCGCUUUUGUCACGUCGCCGCUUUACGCCACCAACAACAUCAACGACAACCGCUGCCACGAAGGGAUCAACGAACCUGGAUGACGUUACCACACGUCGUCCGUACGCGGCCUUGAACCGCUCACGUAAUCGCUUCUCCACACCGCGCACCACAACCACCGAAGGCAAUGGUGAUGAAGACGAUGAUGAAAAACCCGAUAGGGAGGCUGAGGAGCAGGUAGCACCACCACGUGCCGGCUUCCUUCAAACGAAUCGCCAUCGAGCGCUGCAACGCACUCCCGAGGAGGAGGAGGGAGAGGAGGAGGAGCACACAGGUGGAGCAGUGCUGGCCCGCAAGCCACCCAACUUUGCAGCUCGCCGCACCACCGCAGCACCGGCUAGAGUUAGCUCCAGCACCAGACGCAAUCUGGUGGCCAUCAACAGGAAUCUCUAUCACCGAGCGGAGGAGGAUCAGGAGGACGAGGAAGAGCCCGCGGAGGAGUACGACGAGAAUGAAGAGGCUGAGGAUGAGCCAGAAGAGAGUCCCGCCAUCCGAAGCACCACUGCCCGGUCACGACUAAGCCAACUGCUUGCCAGCAGGCAGAGACAACCCCUGCGGACAGUGAUUAGUAGCACCACCGAAAGACAGACCGACUCGGACACUGACAACGACGAGACCGUGAACGAGGAAGACUCGGAGGAGGACGAUGGCUCUGCCGAGGUAUCGAACAGUACACGCAUCCCUAACACCAGUCACUCCCUGGGGGUAGGCACCACUCUCACUAACAGUAACAGUAACAUUAAUGGCACAACUAACCGAAGCACCGCACUGAAUGUAGCUAGUCAACGUAGUAACAGCACCGUAGCCAAUUAUUUGAUUAAUCGUUUCAAGUCAAACAGUUACACAAACAACAAAAACAAACCAGUCACAGUCAAAGCUAAUCUUAAGGCAGAUAGUCACAGUAAUGAUAACGAUGAUCGAGGCGAUAAUGAUAAUGAUGAUGAUACCGAUGAUGAUAACGAUGCUAGUCUAGAGAAUGAGGGGGAGAAUGUGGCGGAAGAGAAAGCAAGUGGGGCUGGUUUGAAUGCCUUAGGUAAUGACGUUAAUUCUAAACGACGCUUUCAGAAUCGUUAUCAAUUGAGCCGCACCCGAAGCACCACCACCACCACCACCAGCACCCCACCAUCGACGUCAACCCCACAGUCCCCGACAGCAGCCAAUGCCAGACGAUUGGCCUUCGGGGGCCGUCAGCGCGCUCAGGUAACUAAACUAACCCUAGUCGAUGAGCAGACUGCCGAGGAGACCGAGGCCAAGGCACAGCCCCACGAAGCGGUGGAGGAUGAAGCCGCAUCCGUAUCGGAAACGGAGUCCAAUGAAGACGAGACCGGAACCACCACCACCACCACCGUCCGGCCAACACCCAAGCGCAUCCGCGUCUUAAAAUUCCGCAGACCCCUGAAUAGCAAUAGCAAUAGUUCCAACGUAGAUAGCACCACUAAUAGCGCCACUGACACUAACCCAGACACCCAGACCACUGCCACCACACCACCAACCACCACAAGCAACACCAACACCACAGUGGGCACCAACGGCAAGCGUUUCCGCAAAAUUGUGCGGAAGCUGCGACCGGUGGACUCGAGCACUGCCGCCAGUGUGGACAACUCCGAGGAGACCACCCGCAAGCCCUUCGUUCCCAGCCACAGCAGAUUUGUGGACCAGGAGCAGAGCCAGAAUGACCUACUGAGUCUGCGCCAGCGGCUCAAGGAACAGCAGGCCAAGGGCGAGCCCCAGGAUGGUGUCAUCAGUAGUCGGUUCAAGGCACCGGGCCAAAAGGAUGACCAGGAAAGCGUGUCCGAUCUGCAAAAGUUGAGGGACAAGGUCAAGGCCGAGCAGGCUCGCGGUGACGGUGACCAGGGCGUGAUCAAUGAUCGCCUAAAGAAGCUGCUGGCGGAGAAGUCCACCGGCACUCGGCAGGGUCAAGAUUCCGUUUCAUCUUCGAGCGACGAUGAGCAGUCCUCGUCUGUGUCCUCGCCGCGACCUUUCUUCAAGCGCAAGCUGGUAGCCCGCAGGCCUUACUCGCCACCCUCGGCGAGCGGCGGCUCAUCGGGCACCACGAAGGCACCGCUGGCCUUCAGCACCUCCCGACCAACGGCCAAGUUUGUGCGCCGCAAGAACGGCAGAUUCGAUCCCUUCAACUCGAGUGUUCGCAACCGCGGAGAAGGCUUUGUGAGAAGCGAUCCUCGUGGCGCAAGAUUGCCGGGAGCAGAUCGCUUCAAGGUCCAAGGCAACGAGGAUGGCGAGGAAGAGUUGGAGGCACAGCAGGAGCAUCCGCUGCAGAAUCAGUUUGGAACCAAUUUGCGUAGACCUUUUGUCCCUAAAACGCGUCCAGUCCUAGAUAAAUCCAAGCCUCAGCAGGAAGAUGAGGAAGACGAGAGCGAGGAGGAUGAUGAGGAAGAGGAGGAGGACUCCGAAGAAGAGGGCGACGAGGAGGAGGAGGAUGAGCCAGAGGAAAAUGCAGAGAAGAAGCCUGCUGGUGGCGAGGAGAAGCCCACAGAGGACACGAACACCACCAAGCCCAAGUUUAAUUCCCCCUACAAGCCCAAGGACAACCGCGUGCCGCCCGGCAGUCGCCCCAACUUUGGGGCCACCGGCAGUGGAGCACCCACCGCACCCGGCAACGUGCCCUUCAAUCCCCGCAACCGACCAUCCAGUAGCACCAGCAGCUCCAACCCCAACGGUCCCAGCAACCGCUUUGGCAGCACCAAGAGACCCCGAGUAGUCAACCGUCCGCCAGGCGUGGCCGGUCCCAAUCUCACCCUGAAGCCGGUGGCCAGUGACUAUGAGCGAACCACCCCGCUGACGCCGCUAAAGCCGGCGCCGUUCAUACCCAGCAACACCAGGAGCUACGAGAGGAAGUACUCGGGACCAUCCACCGAGGCGACGGAGAGCGCCAGCGAGAACUCCCUGAUCGAGGAGCUGAAUAUCGAUGCGCUGAAUGCGCGGAACAAGAAGAUAUUUGACAAGCACAGCAAGAAGCAUACCACGCUGAAGCCCAAGGUGGUCAAGGUGGAGACAGAGGCGGGAGCGGGAGCGGAGGUGGAGACCGGAACCGAGGUGGCCGCCGAGGAGGAGACCACCCUCACAGCGGAUCAGGGAUUCGUGACUACCACGCCCAGUACACCAGCACCACCACCACCACCCAGCACACAGUUAGACACAGCCACAGCCACCAAUACAGACACGCCACCAGAAACUGAAACCGAAACUGAACCCGUAACCGAAACCGAGACAGCGACCAAUGCUAAUGAAGCCACUUCCUCCGUCAAUUCACAGGACCUGACCCACACCGCCCAGUCGAGCACCACCCAGGCCCCGCCACCGGCCACCACUUUGCUGCACGUGUUCACCCUGAUCGAGGGCGAGGGCGAGAACGAAGAUGAGCAGACCACCACCACCAGGAGGCCGGCGGUGAAGCUCCUGCCCACCGUCCAGACGGAGGUGGUGCCCAAGCACAAGGUGGUCGAGAUCAAUCGCAUCGUCGAGAUCAACUCCAAGCAGGCCAAGGCCGCGCAGCGCAAAUCCAAGGCCAACCAGGACUUUGGCACCCUGCGGGUGGAGUCGCUGCCCCAUGUUGAGCAGCUGGGCGAGAUCAGUGUGGUGAAGUACGUGCACCUGGUAGAUGGCAGCGACAUACAGAUCAAUGAUGGUCACAGCACAGUCGCCGACUACACGCCCACGGAGCCCACGACCAGGGCAAGCGGGCAGAGCAAUUCGCCGCCGGUGAGGAACUCCCUGCCCGAAACGGAAGGCAGCGAUCGGGAUGGCAAAUCCCUGCUCCCCGAAGUCUUAACCGGAGCUCUAGAGACCUCCACCAUCUCGUUGGAGGGCCUGUUUGACUCGGCCAGGAAGGGGAAGCAGCUGAGCAGCAACAGCGUUUUUGCGGGAGGAGAACUGCCGGCGGAGGAGGAGGAGAGCACCACCAUCCUGAGCAACAGUGCCAGCGCCACGGAAAACGGCGAGAGCACCACCCUGGCACCCACAUACCCGCGCCAGCCGUCAACUGCCAGUGUCGCCGUCUCCCGUCGUCCAGUGCUCAGCGUGCGCCGCCGCAUUAUCAACUCUCCGGCGUUGGCGGCGGCGGCGGCGUCAACUGAGGCCACCACGCAAGGCAUAGAACCAGCAGCGGCGACCUCCAAGUAUGGACGACUGCGCAGUCGCCCCUCAGCAGCUGCAGCAACAGCAGCAACAACAACCACAGCGGCAGCAGGAACCACCACAGUGCCGGCAGCAACAUCUGCUGCUGGUGGCGGCAGAACCAACAACAGUUACCUGAGCAAGCUGAAAGCCAAGAGCUCUGCGGCAGCAGCGGCAGGCAUUUCCAGCAGCAGCAAUGACAUCACACAAAAGCAGCACAAGUUCCAGCCAGCCAGCUUUGCGCUGCGCCGUCAGUUUCAAACGCGGCGGCUGACAACCUUCGCGCCGGCAAGCAAUGGCGAUGAGAGCGCCACCGAAGUGCCACGCACCCAGAAUCCCUUGUUCAAGCGCCGCCUGACUCUGAUAUCCACCACACCGCCUUCGGCUCGCACCACCUUCCUGCCCAGCUCCUCCGCCCUGGAGACCACCACCAGCCUCUAUCUGAGCGACGACGACGAGGACCAGGUGGCCAAGUCAAGCAUCCAUACGAGCCGCUUCAACCAGAUACCCGAGCAGGUGCGAUCCCGCGAGGACUAUGAGCUGCCCUCGUUCAGCCCGGCGAACACGACUCAUGCACCACAGCCAGUCCUUCCAGCCAUCAGCCAAGGCAUUCGUCGCCAGCUGAUACCACGUCCCAGACGACCACAGUCCACGACAGCCACGCCAGCGAGUAGCACGCCCGCAGCCUGGUUAUCGUCAUCAUCCACACUGCCAGGACACUCGGCUCCACCGCUGUCGCGUCGCCAGCAAAGCCGCCGCCGGCCGCACAAGUACAUCGAGGUGUAUAGUCGUCCGCCCAGCAAGUCAGCCGUACUCACCGCCACCUCGAGCAGCCAGCUUCUGGACGAGAGUCCGGGACAGGUACAGGUAAAUCAGGUGGCACAGCGACGGCGAAGCGGUAGCAUUGGACCCGCGAAGAGUGAUCCCAAGGUCAUUGUCCAUGGACGAGGCAUCAUCGAGUGCCGGGCGCAGGGCAACUUUCCGCAUCCCCUCAACUGCCGGAAGUUUAUAUCCUGCGCCCGUUUCGAGGAGACCGGCGGUAUCGUGGGUUGGGAGUACACAUGUCCCAAGGGACUCACCUACGAUGGAGUCGGCGGGAUGUGCACCUGGUCGCCCUCGGAUCAGCCCUGCCGGGACUAGACUGAUAAAACCACGAACCCAUUGCCUACCCAAAACCAUUUCCAUUACCAUCACCAUUACCCUUACCUUUACCAUGUUGUAAAUGUGUUUUUUUUUCCAAUUUGUGAUUAGUUCCGCUGAGGUU